UGAGCUUCCUGCAUUGAAGUUGUCAUACUUUUGAUUUUUAGAGACACCUGCCACCACUCUGACUCCUUUUUAAUUUAUUUUACAUAUACGUAUAUGUUGACAGCUGCAACUAUAAAUGCUUAACUAAGUCUUGGCUCAGCUGAGGCGUCCUUUAGUCGACUCUCUCGCGGAUUGAUGCCUGGAGAUGGACCGCUACAGGUACUUCAUUUUGAACAAAAAUCAUGUACUCGUCCUGGGUGUCCUACAAGUGGCAUGUGCAGCUCUCUGUGUGAUCUGCGGCUUCAUUGAUGCUGUUUUCCGCAAGGAUACCCCAUUGAGCACCACCAGGACACCAAUGUGGGGCGGAAUGGUCAUGGCUUGUCCUGGUGUUUUGGCUCUGUUUGCGUCACAAAGGAAAAACUCAAUAUUGGUGAGUGUAACGGUGGCAGCAGCGUGCCUCUCUUGUGUGGCUUCAAUAUUUGUCUUGGGCUACACUUGUCUAACACUCACUUAUGGAGAGGAAGAUAAGGAUGUCUUCCACCAUCAUGACAGUCCCAAAGUGACAUUUGUGCUGCAUCGGAUGGUUAAGGGUGCCAACGCCACCAUAUUGCUGACCUGUGUCAUCAGCCUACUCAUAUCCUCCCUCAUCGCUUACGUGGGUUGCUGUAGUCUCCCACGAUGUGGUUGCUACGAUGCUCGAACUGGACUGGAGACACUGAUUCCACAGAGUGACCCUGAAGAUGCUGAGAUGGUGUGUACCUGGCAAGCUGGGGGUGACAACAGGCUCUUCAACUCUCCAGCUCAGUUUACAGACUGUGGCGCCACAGAACAGGAAAGCUCCUCCGAGCUGCCUCCGUACAGCAGACUAACCUAAGACAACUCUAACAGACAAAGCUAACAGAAGCAAUGAUGCUACUACUCAUUUCGUUUGAUUUUGUUUUUAUUUUUUGUUUUUUGUUUUUGUUUUUUUUACCGAGCAGAUAGAAAGCACUGAGCACUCCAGGAGCAUAAAGAUUACUGUACAUAGUCAUUUACAUGAUCCCUAAUAUUAGCUAGGCGACCCAGUGGAUCAGCUGGAAAGCGUCAGUCUUGCAGUUCUGAGGUCCCAGGUUCAAUCCCAGAACCGCCUGGGUAGAGUUAUACAAACAAAGUCUCAUUACAAACUAUUAAAUAUAUAACAGUUAGCAUUUUCAAUACUUUUCUCUGUGUUAUUUCAUUUUAUUAUACAUAAUUUCUCAUCUAAUAUUCCACUAGGAUUGGAACUUAUUACGAUGUGAAAGUCUUUAAAUUUGACCGGAAAUUCUUUUCUCGAAGAAC